AUGUUCGAUACUCCGCCAACAACGACCCACAAUACUCUUCCCGAUACUGAUCAUCCCGCAACCGUUCACAGAAGAUGUCGUAGGCGUCAUCGAUAUGCCAAACUAAUGCGCAUACCACGUCCACCUAACGCAUUUAUUCUCUACAGAAAAUUUAAGCAAAAAGACGUCAUGGCCAAAUACAAGGAUCUAACAAACGCCCAGGUCUCUAAAAUAGUCUCUAUGCUGUGGUGGAAAGAAUCGGAAGAGGUCAGGUUCAAGUGGGAAAAAAUUGCCGACAGAGAAAAGCUUCGUCACAUGAAAGAGUACCCGAAUUAUGUGUAUCAGCCGAAAAAGUCCAAUCCUCGCAAGACAAACAACAAGAAGAUCAAAAAAAACGAACAAGCUUGCCGUGAAACGACUGGCCGCUAUAGCAGAAGUCAUGUUUGCUGCGUCACGUAA